CUUGGUUUGAUAAUUGAUUGUGAUCUUUUUUUCAGAAUUUAAAUUUCGAAUGCUUGACAUCAGAAAAUAAAUGUCGGGGUUUAUUUUUCUAUACAUAUACAAUUAUUUAACUUGAUUUAUCAUUAAUUAAUUUCAAAGAUUAUAAUUAUAAAUCUCUCUAAUUUAAAUAACUGGCAUGUCUUUUAGGGUGCAAAUCUAAUACAUACAGCAUUUUACUAAUAAACCUAAAAGACACUCCCUCAACAUUCAAAAUAGAAAUUUAAAUAAGAAAACAGCUUUUUUAUGUCAAAUAAAGUGAUAGGUUGUUGGUAAAAGUAUCUGAUUUUGUUUUGUAAUUAAAAGAGGAAUAACUAUGAAAUACUUUUUUUCAUUUUAAGCAUUUAUGACAACGGUCAACAGAGGUCAACAAGAAAAGAUGACAAGGCCUACACCUUGUUCAAAUAAAGACAACUAUGAUAUUUAUACAGUUAUAGCUGAAUCAACAGAAACUGUUCAAGGAAUAUAUGAAAUCCCUGUAGAGACCACACAAGCCCCCGUAAGCAAAUGUAGAUUUGACGCAGUCAAUACUGAAAGAUCUAACCCAACACUGGGUUCAGUGUUUGGAUCAGGGAUCAGCGGCAUAUUUGUUGGAGCAACACUUACUACAAUUUUGUUUGUUGUUUAUAACAAGAGAAAGAGGCCAGAUGUUAACCAAGGUAAUUCGCAUCAACCGUCAAAUGAAAGACACAGGAAUUAUUCUGUCGCCAUUUACUGUGAUCCAGUUGAAUGUAUCGAAUCGAACCGCAAAUUGGAGGAAUGUCCAAAAGGAAUUCUUAACCCGGAAUCACUCCGCAGAGAAAGUCAACAGAAUCAUUCCGAUUUCGAUCAAACCAGCUACAGCCACCUUAAUGAGAAAGGUGAAACAGAUGUCAUCUUAGAAACCAACUAUGAUCCUGUUAAUUUCACACAGAAUGCAGCAAAACAACCUGUGAAUUAUGACGUGUGUAUGGCAGUGGAUAUUCCAGAUGCAGAAAAAUCUUUUUAUGAACUUCAAGAACCUUUUGAACAAACAUGACGUGAAUAAGAUGUUUUAAUUACUU